AUGACCCCUGCGAUGAACAAGAAAGCCCCUCCCGCGCUGGGGCUCGCUCUUCCUCGGCUUUCUCCCCCUGCUCCGGGCCCCUUCCCUAGGGCUUCUGCCUCCUCUUCUCCCAGGAAGCCCAUCGCUGCCAUUCCCCUCGAACCGAGACCUGGGGACCAAGGUCAGGGAGUUCUGCUGUGGGGCCUCCCCCCCGGGGCGCCGGCGGGGGGCUCGGGCCGGAUCUACCCGCACCGCACGCUCCUGGACUCGGAGGGCAAGUACUGGCUGAGCUGGGGCCAGCGGGGCAGCCGGCUCGCCUUCCGCCUAGAGGUCCCCACCGCGGGCUACGUGGGCUUCGGCUUCUCGCCCACCGGGGCCAUGGCCUCGGCCGACAUCGUCGUGGGCGGGGUGGCCCACGGGCGGCCCUACCUCCAGGAUUAUUUUACAAAUGCAAAUAAAGAGUUGAAAAAGGAUGCUCAGCAAGAUUACCACCUGGAAUAUGCCAUGGAAAAUAGUACACACACAAUCAUUGAAUUUACCAGGGAACUGCAUACAUGUGACAUAAAUGACAAGAGUAUAACGGAAAGCACUGUGCGAGUGAUCUGGGCCUAUCACCAUGAGGAUGCUGGAGAAGACGGUCCCAAGUACCAUGGCUCUAAUCGGGGCACCAAGAGUCUGCGGUUACUGAACCCUGAGAAAACCAACGUGCUGUCUACAGCCUUACCAUACUUUGACCUGGUAAAUCAAAACGUACCCAUCCCAAACAAGGGUACAACAUAUUGGUGCCAAAUGUUUAAGAUUCCUGUGUUCCCGGAAAAGCAUCAUGUAAUAAAGGUUCAGCCGAUGAUACAGAGAGGCCAUGAGAGUCUGGUCCACCACAUCCUGCUCUAUCAGUGUAGCAGCAACUUCAAUGACAGCGUCCUGGACUACGGCCACGAGUGCUACCACCCCAACAUGCCUGACGCCUUCCUUACCUGCGAGACUGUGCUUUUUGCAUGGGCCAUUGGUGGACAGGAUUUUUCCUAUCCGCCUCAUGUUGGACUAUCCCUUGGCACUCCAUUAGAUCCACAUUAUGUGCUCCUAGAAGUCCAUUAUGACAAUCCAACAUAUGAGGAAGGCUUAAUAGACAGUUCUGGACUGAGGUUAUUUCAUACAAUGGAUAUAAGGAAAUACGAUGCCGGGGUGAUCGAGGCUGGCCUCUGGGUGAGCCUCUUCCACACCAUCCCUCCAGGGAUGCCUGAGUUCCGGACGGAGGGUCAUUGCACUCUGGAAUGCCUGGAAGAGGCUCUGGAAGCAGAAGAGCCAAGUGGAAUCCAUGUGUUUGCUGUUCUUCUCCACGCCCACCUGGCUGGCAGAGGCAUUAGGCUGCGUCAUUUUCGCAAAGGGAAGGAAAUGAAAUUACUUGCUUACGAUGAUGAUUUUGACUUCAAUUUCCAGGAGUUUCAGUAUCUAAAGGAAGAACAAACAAUCUUACCAGGAGACAAUCUGAUUACUGAGUGUCGCUACAACACCAAAGACAGAGCCAGGAUGACUUGGGGAGGACUAAGCACCAGGAAUGAAAUGUGUCUCUCAUACCUUCUUUAUUAUCCGAGAGUUAAUCUUACUAGAUGUGCCAGUAUUCCAGACAUUAUGGAACAACUUCAGUUCAUUGGUGUUAAGGAGAUUUACAGGCCAGUCACGACCUGGCCUUUCAUUAUCAAAAGCCCCAAGCAGUAUAAAAACCUUUCUUUCAUGGAUGCAAUGAAUAAAUUUAAAUGGACUAAAAAGGAAGGUAUCUCCUUCAACAAGCUUGUCCUCAGCCUACCAGUGAACGUGAGAUGCUCCAAGACAGACAAUGCAGAGUGGUCGAUUCAAGGAAUGACUGCAUUACCUCCAGACAUAGAGAGACCGUAUAAAGCACAACCUCAGGUGUGCAGAACAUCUUCUUCCUCCUCUCUGCACAGAAAUGUCUCCGUCCAGCUGCUCAUGUGCCUCACGCUCCUUGGCAGUGUUCUAAGCACCAGGCACCAGUGGUCCUAACUGUGCUGUGUGGAGGAUGGCGUCUUUCAUACCAUUUAAAGUGCAGGUUAAAGACUGUGUCCACUCUGGGCACGAAGAGUGUGGAGAGUUUUCUUUCACACACUCCGUCCUUCUCUCCUUCCCCUUUCCCCAUCUCCCUGGGAGAUGCCAUUGAAUUCUCUGCUUAGCCUCAGAAAUGUCUGAUGUUAGGUACAGAGGGCCAAUCAAAAGAAACUAGCCAGACUUAGCAUAACCUUUCUUUAAAAAUUGGACCGCCAAGUGGAAAUAAAAGAUUUCCUUUUAUAUUCCAUUUUAUUUAAGCAUUCAUUGUUACUUUUCUUUGCAUGACUUCUGUAAUUUUUUUAAAAAAUGCCUUCGGCUUAAAAUACAAGAAUGAUUCUCCAUUCCGGUUAUUUUCUUUAUGGUUCUUUGAGUGUGGCCUUGCAAGCACACUAACAGUCCUUCCGGUCUGCAGCGUGAUCCAGUUCUGGUCUUUUCUGAACUACUCAUGGCCCUCUUUCCUCAAUGCUUGUAGAUGAUACCCACUCUAGUCUCUUCAUUUCUCUGGGUUUAUCAAUACCCCCCACAUCACCCACGCCCACCUCUCAGUACUUUCCACUCCUUCCCUGCUCAGUACUCUCUUCUUUAGAGCUCUGAUACUAUCUGAAAAGAAAGGUGAUGAGGAACCUGGAAAUGGAAUGUGACUGAUUGUAGGCUGAGGAGGACUUGGAGCUGGCUUGAACCCCAUGCUGGGGGUGGGGGAAACCUUUUUUGAGGUUCCAAGUCAAAGCCAGGCAGUGUAGCCAGUAUUGGAGGGGCAAGCUCACGUGGCUCCUCAUCGACAACGUUGGGUGUCCCACACACCCUGCAUGCCGGAACAGCGCGAGUCAUGGUUGUAGACUUAUUUCUAUAUUAGUCAAUAAAUUGAUUUUCCAUAUAAAAUGAUCAACAAUUGAAGUUUAGCUGAAUCUUGUUUUAUGCCGUUUCCUCAUUUCUUCAGGUAAAUAUGUUUGGAUCAUAUCAAUAAACAAAAUGAAUUAAAUUUU